AUGCCAGAUGUAAUCAGGAAGGAAUCAAAGGUUGUUGAUUUUUUAUUGGAUCCCCAGUCUUUAUGGCAUCUAUAUCAUGCUAAUGAUGCGGAGAAAGUGCGUAAAUUUCUCUAUGAACAUCAUGCUCAACAAUUAGGGAUCUCCGUUGAAGAGGUUAAGAGUGGAUAUGAUGAUCCAAUUCAUGUGACAAGAACUUACAUUGACGUUGAGAAGAGAGAAAAACUGCGCAAAGAAUAUGGGGUGAAAGGCUAUGAGAUUAGACAGAAACCUGGAGAACCAGUUUUCAUACCUGCGUACACAGCACAUCAAGUUUGUAAUCUAGCAAAUUGUAUCAAGGUAGCUGCCGACUUUGUUUCACCCAUAUCAAUUGAGAAAUGUAUGAAGCUUAAAGAAGAGUUUAGGGAACAAUUGCGUGAACAACCCAAACCUUGGAAAGGCGAUGUUUUGCAAAUGGAACAAAUGCUUCUUUAG